AUGGAUCACACCCUCUUGGGCUGCCUGCGCAGCCCCCAUGCCACUGCGCAGAGCUUGCACCCUUUCUCCCAGUCUUCUCUUGCCCUGCAUGGAAGAUCUGACCACAUGUCCUACCCUGAUCUGUCUUCUUCUUCUUCCUCUUGCAUAAUAGCGGGAUACCCCAAUGAGGAGGGCAUGUUUGCCAGCCAGCAUCAUAGGGGGCACCACCACCAUCCCGCCGCGGCCAGGCACAGCCUCUGCCUUCAGCCCGACUCAGGAGGACCCCCGGAGCUGGGCAGCAGCCCCCCCGUCCUGUGUUCAAACUCUUCCAGCCUGGGCACUAACACCCCCACGGGGGCAGCGUGUGCGCCAGGGGACUAUGGCAGGCAGGCUCUGUCCCCAGUGGAAACAGAGAAGAGGUCCGGCAAAAGGAAAAGCGACAGCUCAG